AUGGCCGCCGAGGGUAGCAUUCCUUCGAUUCCUUUGUCUACAAUGAUCCAUAUGGUAAAUAUCAAACUCACUUCCGCAAAUUACCUUUUGUGGCAUGCCCAGAUCGAACCCCUUCUCAUCACCCAGGGUUUUCUUCUGCAUCUGGAUGGCUCAUCCCCAUGCCCAUCGCGCGAGAUCACAACACCGGCAGGUACAAAAAGUACCAAUCCCGAGUUCGCCGCUUGGUAUUCCCGGGAUCAACUGAUCCGGCUAUUCCUUGUUUCCACUCUUACGGAGGAGUCCAUGGCCGUUGUCAUUGGCUGA